AUGGCUUUCAACUCCAUACGACCAGUCUUUUCGCUGGUCAACCAGGAGGGACAGACAUUUACCAACUCAGAUCUCCAUGGAAAAUACUCUCUUGUCUUUUUUGGCUUUACCAACUGUGCCGUCGUCUGUCCCCGUGCGCUCAAGCGUCUGUCAGACGUUCUUGCAGGCCUUGGACCGGCUGCCGAGAGGGUCAAUGUUUACUAUAUCUCCGUCGACCCUGCCCGUGACACCCCCGGUGUUAUGAAAAACUUCAUCACCAAGAGAUUUCCCAAGUUCAUUGGCCUAACUGGAACCAAGGAGCAGAUUGACUCCGCGCGCAAGGAGUUCCAUGUCUUCGCCAAGGCCAAGCAUGAUGCGAAUGCCCUCGGAGGCUACGUCGUCCCUCACACAGCUAUUACUUACCUUCUGGACAUGGAAGGUUACAUUGUCGACCACUUCAAUGAUGUUCUCACUUCCAAAGUUGUCACCGGGCGAGUUCUGGAUAAAAUCAAGAAUGGACCAGACGCUCCUAGCGAAGGUGUACCCGAACCACCCAGCACUGGCAAAGUUGAAUACGAGCAGGAGAGUCUGAAGCCCCUGGAUGUCAAGAUGGUCCAAUCUAUCAGACAUAUCGGCAACCUGGCACGGCAGCUGAAGGGUGACUGGGCCAAUAUGAUGGGCGCAUCUGACCUUAACGACGGGUUUGGUGCAUACCGUUACCAACUGGCAUUCAUGUACUAUGCACUGUCCCUCGCACAUUUUCAUCGUCUGCCAGCUGCCCCCGGAUACUUUAGAGAGACCAUGGAGCGUAUGAUCAAGAAGAUGCUCGAGCCGGAUGUCUGGUUCUACUGGCACGACGCAAGCACAGGCGGAGGUGCCAUGCACACCCCACCAAAGCCAAUGCUUUUCGACCCCAUCGAGACAGACAACAUCAUGUACUCAGCCUACCUCCAGGUUAUGACAGCCAUGUACAACAGUCUGUACGACGACGAUCGGUACCAAAAGCCGGGAGCGCUGACGUUCAAAUACAAUGUCUUCCUUUGGGGACCCCCUGAGGGCUACGAAUUUGUCUGGGAUCAAAACAGGGUGAAUGACCAGAUUUACCGGAACAUGGUCAAGGAAGGCUACCUGGGUGUGGCCUGCGAACCUUGGUGUAUUUAUCAGGUCUGCAACCAGGUUCCGAUCCUCGGAUUUCGCCUGAACGAUGCUUUGAAGGAAGAUAGUGAUGUCGCUGGUGAGGUCACCAAGGGUUAUGUGGAAGCCUGGGAAACGAAAGGCGAUGGUAUUAUCACCGACCAAGGUGUGUUCAACACGUUCUACAUGACGCACCUCAAUAUGCCUGUCGCAGUCCCUGGUGGUAGCGGUGAGGCGUGGACGGGCUUCAUGAUGAAUGCUUGGAAUCACGAGCUGGUUCAAAAGAACUACGAAUCUCGCCUUGAGGAACUUUUGUUCCCGAAACCGGACGGUUCCCUGUCUGUGAACGUCGGGCCCCUCGACACCAUGGAGACAAAUCAGCUCUACCUCGCGACCGGAGGAGUUUGGGGUUGGAUCGCUGCGUGGGCAACAGAAAUGGGCGAUGACGAGACGAGGGAUCGGCUACUGUCCUACGCAGACAAGUACUUCAACCCUCGAGUCCAGAAUGGUGGUCUGAUGUAUCCUCGCAACGACACGCUCUGGGACAAGGAUCACAACUACGUGAUGGUGUCGCCCAUUCUCUCGAACGCCAUUUUGCCGCUGACGCGAUUGAAUGUGAAACACGGCUUGAAACGACUCUACGAGAAUCCCUGGGGCGCAAAGAACCGUGCACACUACGACGAACCCGCUCUUGUCGAAGUUGACUUCAACGUCGACGUCUACCGUGCCGUGUAUAUCGCCUCGAGCCGCACCCUGCUCUUCGACGUUGCGGUUUUUGAAAACGGUGUUCAUGGCAAUGUUGCAUUAGGCCGAGUCUUCGGCAAGGGCAACUGGACCCUCUUGCGUGAUGGGCAUGAAAUCGCAAGCGGCACGAGCGACGCGCUUUCUGAUCCCUCGCAGAACAAGGGCUUGCCCCGUAUCCGCCGUGGAGGACACAACCUAGCAUCUCCUUUGGGUUGGGCUUACAUGGGUAAGACCGAUUCGGGCCUCAAGCAGGAGGGUGACUUACUGCGCCUGUCUGUUACAGGCACCAAGGUGGUAUCUUAUGAGCUGAAAUGGGACGCUUAA